CACCAUGAGAACAAAGGCAGUGGAGAGCUCAUAGUUUGCUGUUGGGCCCUAUCCUCUGUGGUUUUGCUCAGACAGCGAUUGCUCAGACGUGGAGAGGCAGGAGCCGGGAGGGAAGUACUGAGAGACUCCAAGAUACCACAGAGCCUUGGAAGACGAGGGGCAGGGCAAGGGCUGGGGUUCUGGCGGUCUCUCAGUGGAUCUGGGGUACCUUGCUCACCAGCAACGUAGAGGAGGAAGCUGUCUGGAGCCACCAGAGUGGCAGAGGAAGUGAAUACAAACCCUGCCUUCCCCCACCUCCGGACGGACGGACGCGGAACCUGUCUCGGCUGAGAACCUGGUCACCCUCUGAGCUAGUGGGCUCCAUUUCCCGGUUUGAAAAGCAGCAGCCCAGGACCAGGCUAUGGGACGGUGAUUUUCUUCUUAGACUGAGAGAAUCUAGGCAUUGCCCAGAGCCUUGCUUAUCAGGGAAGGCAAGGAAGAAGAUGGAGUCUGAAUUCCUCUACGACCUGUUGCAACUCCCAAAGGAGGUAGCUCAGCCUACAGAAGAAGAGCUUCCACGAGGAGGAAAGAAGAAAUAUCUGUCACCCAUUUCCAAGAGGAACCCCAAGUUUGAAGAACUGCAGAAGGUGCUGAUGGAAUGGAUCAACGCCACACUCCUCCCAGAGCACAUUGUGGUCCGCAGCCUGGAGGAGGACAUGUUUGAUGGGCUCAUUCUGCACCACCUGUUCCAGAAGCUGUCAUCGCUCAAGCUGGAAGUGGAGGAAAUCUCUCUGACCUCGGCCAGCCAGAGGCGCAAGUUAGGGGUCGUCCUGGAGGCUGUCAACCAGAGUCUGCAGGUCGAAGAGCAGCAGGCCAAGUGGGGUGUGGAGACCAUCUUCAACAAGGACCUGCUGGCCACCCUGCAUCUCCUGGUGGCCCUGGCCAAACGCUUCCAGCCAGACCUGCCCCUCCCAGACAACGUCCAGGUGGAAGUCAUCCACAUUGAGAGCACCAAGACGGGCCUGAAGUCGGACAAGCAGGUGGAGCAGCUCACAGAAUGCAACUCGCACAAGGACCAGCCUUCACAGGACGCCUUUGAUGAAUUAUUUAAGCUGGCUCCAGAGAAAGUGAACGCAGUCAAAGAGGCCAUUGUGAGCUUUGUCAACCAGAAGCUAGAGCGCCUGGGCCUGUCUGUGCAGAGUCUGGACACCCAGCUCCUGCUUCCUGACCUGCUUGAGUUCCAGUCCAGUUCCUUUGGUGAUGAACAGCUGUGUGGAAGUUUUGCAGAUGGUGUCAUCUUGCUCCUGCUGAUUGGACAGCUGGAAGGCUUCUUCUUACAUCUGAAGGAAUUCUACCUUACUCCCAGCUCUCCCACAGAAAUGCUGCACAAUGUCACCCUCGCCCUGGAGCUUCUCAAGGAUGAAGGCCUGUUAAGCUAUCCUGUCAACCCUGAAGAUAUUGUGAACAAGGAUGUCAAGAGCACACUGCGGAUACUUUAUGGCCUAUUCCGGAAGCAUUCACUGAGGGUGGAGGGCAACAGAGCACAUCAUGGUACCCCAAACUAGUCGGUUCUACCUCCCUACACUGUAGGAGGUGCUGCCACCUCUGGAGGACCCAGCAGUCCCAGAUCUCCCGUGCCAACCUCGUGACUGUGGGUUUGUGGCAUGCUUCCCUUCCACACCUGUCUUGCUUACCCCACUAGAUGGGAACCUAAUUCAUGCCCACCCCUACUUUGCUUCAUGUAUUUUGACAUCUGUAUGAAUUGUAUUUAUGUAGGGGAGGGCGGCUCCGCAUGCCCGUGGAGUCCUGGGCUAGCCUUUGAUUGUGGUAAAUAAGAGUUUGGUUCCCAGGCUAGAAUAGCUCUCAUCAGCCUCCAAUCUGUCUACUACGGCUAUACCUUGGUAGUUAGUGGCUUCUCAGACUCCGCAAAGCUGAUCAUCCCCAGCCAGAGGCUCUUUGGGGUCAAGGCUGAUGAUCUCAGGCCAUGGUCUCUGUAUACGUAGUUCCUGGUCAUCUACCUCCCACUUGGGGUGAUGAACCGAGGACCAUUACCCAAAGACCAGAGCUCCAUGUGGGAAAAAUGAAUUCUGGUUCUUGUCAGAGAACCCUGGCCAGGCUAUCCCUACAGCUGCAGUCCUGAGCUUAGCCCUGAGCCCCAGGGAAGAGAACCUGGAGUUGGUUCUUGGAUUCAGGUUACCUCUGGUCUGUAUUCUGUCCUGGGAGACUUAGUGUCUUCUGCAAAGAGAAACAGCUGGAGCACUGAGCUGGGUCCAGGCCGGAGGAGAAGCUGUCAGGGGAAAUGCAAGGCAUGGGGUUCAGGGGCACAGAGACAUAGGGGUGUAGGGAUUCAGGGGUGCAGGGCUGUAGGGAUUCAGGGGUGCAGGGCUGUAGGGAGGUUGGUCUAGUUCUUACUCCUCUGGACUUCUCCCUGCUUGCCCAACUCCAGUUCCCUGUGAGGAAAGUCUUCUAGGUUUGGGGGUGUAUAGCCAAACAGCUUUGCCUUUGGGGGACUUUGGAGCAGAGUCUAGGCAGGGCAGGCCACCCCUACAAUGACAGUAGGUAGAUCUAGGUGACCUGGGGCUCUGGUGUCUGAUGUGAGGAGGCCUGGGACUUCUCUCUCCCCAGCUCCAGUCCACUUGUCCCUUUGGCCCUAGGCAGGGCACUCAUAAGUCUUAGGCACCUGUCAGAUAUCUCUUCUGUCCUGCUGCCUCUGGGACUCGUCAUCUUCCAUAUCAGGGGCAGCCCCACAGUAGCUGGGGUCCAGCUAUCCCCUCCGGCUCAGGUAAUCCUUCCACAGAGACCUUCCUUUGUGCUUCAUCUCCUCUCUGGAGCAUCCCCAGCCAUGGUAACAGCUGAACCCCUCUGCUGAGUUACUAGAGACUUGGCAGGUCAAAGCCGGAGUCCACCCUCACCUCCUGUUUCCCUGCUUCCCUGCUUCCUUGCCCUCUUGAUCCCUCCAAGUCCUCACCUCCUGUCUGAUAGGAGAUUCAAAUCAUAAGGAGAAUCCCUUUGUAACUUUAUUGAGGAAUAAAUAACAUUUACCAGUUUAAAGGCACGACUUAAUGGCAGUCAACAAACAGAUGCAGUCACCUCCCUCUAACCAGAAGGUUCAAAGCCUAAAACACCCGGCCACCUGCUGUCCUGCUCAUUAGAGGCCUGGCCUUAGAAAGAAGUGGAGAUCCGCUUUCUGUUGCUGCCUUUUCUGCAUCUUUUAGAAAGCGCAUCAGAGUGGAAAUCAGUCUGGAGGUUCCUCAGAAAACUGGACAUGAGACUUCCAGAGGACCCUGCUAUACCUCUCCUGGGCAUAUAUACCCAAAGGGUUCCCUGGCAUGCAAUAAAGACACAUGCUCCAUUA